AUGGAUGAUAACGAUGACAACUCUACCAACGGCGUGGAGGGAGACAGUCCCCCCAUUCACAUAGUUGGCAGUGAAGACGACGAGUUGAACAACAUGUCAGAAGUGUCAAUGAAUAUGAGUUUUCUCAUGGAAGAGGCAUCCUCUCCCUACAAGAGCAGCAAGGGGCAAGGAACCGCGGAAGUACAACACCAAGAGACUGUCACGGAAGGACACGAAGAAGACAAGGACACGUCAACAGAAGAAGACGAAGAUGAUGAUGCUGAGCAAUACCAAGACGACAACGACGAAGCAGAUGAACCGCCUACUGAGAACUCGACAAUGAUACGAGUUGCUCUCCAGCCACGCCAAUCCAGAGACUCAUUUAGUCAUCGGGAUAGCUUUAUGGAACAGGGCAGUGCUAGGGACACAGGGGAAGACCCGUUAUUGGGGUGCCACCUAGGACAGUCAUCCGACGACCCGGUGGAUACAUCCGAUGCUCCCAUGGAAGAUGUGGACCUUGAUCAUAAGGCUACUACCGCUGGCAAAAAAGAAGACUACGAAGAGGAAGAAGAUGAGGAAAGCCAAAACCAGGAAUCGCAAAUGAGUGAUUCCCAACAGGAUGAACCGUCCACGGUCGAUAUGGCAGAAGCAAAGGAAAAGCAAGUCAGAAGCUCUCUCCUCUUUGCCAUUUUGUCUGCCUGUGGGAUGCUCUUUUGCAUGAAAAUGAUUUCCAAAUUGGUCAACCGACUCAAAGGGGGCGAUGAUGAUGUACCUGGGGCAGAUGAAGUUGCCCAGGAAGCAGCAGAAGCUGCAGCGGAUGAAGUGGUGGGGAAUGCCAGAACCGCCAUGCUCCUGCAAACACAACAACAAUCCGCGGCCAAUUUGGCAAAUCCAACCUAUUUGGCACUCCAAGGGACCACGCAGAACAUGGCCACAGCAGCUGCUCAAGGGGCGGCUAGCUCCACGGCUGCGGGAGGUUCCGCUGUUGCGGGUGCUGCCACGACAGCAGCAGUUUCCACGGGGAUUGUGGGACAAGCACUGGCCGGUGUGGCAUCUGCCUCACUUACCUCACAACUAGCAGUGGCUGUCGGAGCUGCUGCCAUCGUCACUGCAACUGCCGUUUCCACUGGAAUAGUCAUGAUGCAUGCCAUGGAAGAAACCAAUACUACUACUACUAUUGUGACCAUCAAUGGAACCAAUCUCAUCAACGACACAAUCCUUGAUGAUCAUGGCACCAGUACUUCUACAGCUGGGCUUGGGAUCGGUCUCGGCCUUGGCAACAACGGCACACCUAGUGGUAUCGACAAUGUCCUUGGGCCGGAGUUCAAUGUCCCUGCCACCGGCGCCCCCACCCUUUCAAAUGUGACUGGAGGAGUCCCUGUUGAAAAUGAUGAUGUCAUUGACUUGAAUGAAUCUGCCUACAACUGGUCAGUGCCUGUGUGCCCUGGCCUGGAAGAAGUCACGGAACUAAAAGAAGGCAUCACAAACUUGGUUCUUCAGGGACUCCCUCCUGGAUUUGUAGAGGCCAACCAAGCCCGCCUCGAAGAACUAUUCAAGCUCAGUUACAAUGCUCUCUCAGGAAUGUGUGGUGGAGAGUUUCUUCGAGUGGCCCACAAUGUUGAAUUGACAGAUAUCAAUAGUGUCCAGGCUGGCCCAACCAUGCUCUUCACGUACACAAAAUGGAAGGUAACAAUGACUUGUGUGGGAUGUCCUGAUCAGAACAGUUUGUUUGGUGGUUCAACUGGACCCAGUGAAGUCACAAUGGAGAAGAACGGUUUGGGCAAGACACGCGCUCUGCAGAAUGGAAUCUCUCUUCUCACCAGCAGUCGUUUGUAUUCCGACUUUGUGGAAGCAUUCAUCUUUGAAAUCGAAGAAAACUUCCCUGAUGCGCUUGAACAAGAACUAGAUCCUGACAGAACUGGAGAACCUACUGUUCGACUGUUUUAUGGUUCUGUUGUGGAUCCUAAUGAUGAGGACAAGAUUGUUGCAGAGACCAGUGUAAAUGCAGAGACCGCAGACAAGGUGACAGCAGCCUCGGGGGCCCCCUCUGCAGCACCGAUCGGAGAUUUCUUCACUGCUUUUACAUCGGCACCCACAGAUUCCCCAACAGUGUCCACCCAGCCAUCGAAUGCUCCUUCGGAUGCUCCAAGCAAGUCACAAGAGCCAACCGCAGCUCCUUCUGACGUUCCCAGCAAAUCACAAGAGCCAAGUACAGCUUCAUCUUUACCUCCAAGCCGAAGCAGUGAAUCACCCUCAGGGUCUCCCUCUGGUUCAACAUCAAACGCGCCAAGUCAAACUAGUGACUCACCGACAAGUACUCAGUCCGAGAGCCCCUCGGACACUCCAACCACACGAACUCCAACUGCAGCAGUACCCACAACGCAAACGCCCACAACUCAAGCACCAACACAAGACACACAACCGGUUGUUUCUAGCAAUGCAAGGCAGACUGAUUCACCUGGGCAGCCAGCUGGGCAAGCGCCAACAACUGCCAAUCCCACCACAAGCAGCCCAACAACCAGUGACCCUUCUGGCCAAGCCCCGACAACUGCCAAUCCCGCUACUAGCAGCCCAAUAACAAGUGCACCUACUGGUACUGGAUCUCCCGUUACCGCUGCUCCAAGUACAGGUAGCCCAGAAACUGCUGGCCCCAGCACAAGCAACCCCACAACCAACAUCCCCACCACUGCAGGACCAACUACAAGAAGCCCCACUGAUGUAUCACCUUCGACGGCAAGCCCGACAACUUUGGGCCCAACAGUGGCUUCGGGUAGUCCCAGUGCAAAUCCCUCAACAUUGAACCCAUCUGUGGCACCAACAACCUCACCGACAUCAGCCCCAACACCACAGCCAACUGGCCAACCCACACCCUCCCCUACACGAAGGCCAACAAAUGAACCCACACCCUCUCCAACCCCAGAUCCCACAAGAAAGCCAACAAAUCAACCCACAUCCUCUCCGACCCCAGCUCCCACAAGAAGGCCAACAAAUCAACCCACACCCUCACCAACAGGACAGCCCACCCCGAUGCCAACAGGAGGCCCCACACCAGCUCCCACAAGACAGCCCACUCCAGUGCCCACACUUCCACCAACGGAUGCUCCCAGCACAGGCACUCCCACAACUGGAACCCCAACUGUGGCAUCCGGCGAGCCCAGUGCUACUCCAACAACGGCAAGCCCCACAACAUCUUCACCAUCAACACAGGUUCCCACUGCUGCCCCAACUUGUGGCUAUACAUCCGUCACCACCACAUACUAUAUGGGGUUCACCGAUGACAUCUCUUCUGUCCAAGAUGAGAUCUUGACUUCAAAUUUUGUCAGGGCUAAUGAUUUUGUGGCAGAAUCUACGUGCCCUGCAAUUGUGACCAAUGUGAACAUAACACAGAAGAUUGGCUUACAAGUUGGAAGUGCAAACUUUCAUCUGGAACUUUCUGUCACAGUGGAUGAGACAAGUGCUAAUCCCUUCUUGGGGAGUGCCACACAAAGAGCUGACUUUGUCACUGCCUUUUCCAGCCUAACAGGAACUUCAGGAGUUUAUAUCAGUGAGACCCUGGUCACUGGAAGCCCAACUACAAGCAGCCCAACAACCUCAGGUCCCACAGUCAGUCCUGGUAGUCCCUCAACUUCUCCCACCACAGCUGGCCCAACAACAGCAGGUCCCACAGUCACUCCUGGUAGUCCCUCAGCUUCUCCCACAACAGCUGGCCCAACAACUACAGGUCCCACAGUUACACCUGGUAGUCCCUCAGCUUCUCCCACAACAGCAGGUCCAACAACGGCAGGUCCCACAGUCACACCUGGUAGUCCCACGACUGCUCCCACAACAGCAAGCCCAUCGACUGCCACCCCUGCAACUGCUACACCCUCAACUGUUACGCCUUCACCUGCUACACCGACCACAGCAGGGCCGACAACUCCUGGUCCAACCGUGACUGCAGGAAGUCCCUCAACUACUCCUACAACAGCAACUCCAUCGACAGCCACCCCAACAACCACUAAGCCCUCAACUGCCACGCCCACAACAGCUGGCCCAACAACUGCAGGUCCACAGUACUCCUGGUAA